GUCCGCCGGCCGCGUGUGGUCCCUGCCUGUGGUCCCGGUCCGUGGUCCGCCCCGCCGCUCGCCGCACCGCCGGCCGUGACCAGUGAGCGCCCCGGAGAUCGGCGUCGACGCGGGCCAGUGAGUGGUGAGCACGCAGCGGACUCGCUGACCCCGGCCGACCGCCGACCGAAGCAGGCCAGCCGGCCACGCACCUCACAGACCAACAUGGCCAGCUCCUGGAAGGCGCCACUAGUGAUCUGCGGGGUCAACAUCAACGCCAUCAGGGAACCGGCUCAGCUGCACCAGCUGCUGCAGCAAUGCGAGGACUUCGAUGACAAAAACAAAAUUUUUGCGCGUCUGAUGGACAUCAUGCCAGGAGGACCAGAGCCGGCGGCCGACGAACCGUGCGGCCCGGGCCCGACUCAGUACACCUGCAGCAUCGUGACGCAGGAGACGCAGACGGCCGAGCUGCCGCCCGGCUCCGGGCCGCCCGGCGCCAGCCCACUGGCGGCGGGGUCCGACGGGGGCCGGCCGGUGGCGGCUCAGGAUCUGCCGGGGCCGGACACGGCGGUCUGGUCCGACGGCAGCCGGCCGCCGUGGGCGCGCCACGGCCGGGUGGCGGCGCCACCGUCGCCGGAGGACGCGUCGUCGUCCUCCGGCGGCAGCCAGCGGCCGCCCUGGGCGCGCCGGGGCCGGUCGGACAGGUCGUCGUCGCCGGAGGAGCGCGCCGUACGACCGACGCUGGCACGCACGGGCCGCUCCGCUAGACCGCAGUCGCUGGAGGAGGCGGUGCCGGCGGCGGCCGGCAGCCAGCUGCCGUGGGCACGGCCGGGCCGCUGCCCGGGCCGGGCAUCCAGCGUGUCGCGGCUGGCCAGCGCGUUCAGCGCCGAGGAGCCGCCGCCGCCGCCCAACUGGGCUCGCCAGGCGAGGCUGGAGAAGGCACGCAGUCUGUACGCGGCGUCAGGCGAGCCGGCGGCCGCGGAGCGAGGCCCGGCGCCGGCGCCAUCGCAGCAGAGGAAGAUGUCGCUUCCGCACGGGCCCGCAGGCGCCACCAGGGCACUGGCGCGCUCCAGAAGCGAGGAGCAGAUCUGUGGAGGCAGGCCACAUGGUCGUAUUUUGAAGCAGGAGCCGUUCCAUAUGUUGCAUGGCAUGCGACAGCAAACGCAUGUGUCGGACAAGCCGCACCAUCAGCAGGGGAAGCAUCUGCAUCAGCAAGCCGCCACCAUGCACAGCCACCAGCGGCACUAUGGCCAGCCAUCUGUUCACGAUGUUCAAGUCGUCUGUGCGUCAGCAGCCAGCAUCCGCGCACUAUCACAACCAUCCACAGGAGCACAUGGUCAAUACGCACCAGCCGGAUGUUAUCAGUAAUAUCAGCCAUAUCCCCAGCCAAUGGUAUCGUCUUGUUCGCAAGAUCUACGGCGUGUGUCCUCAAACCCGCACCAGGAGUUCCAUCAUCAUCCCACCAGUCCGCACCAAGAGGUCCUUGACCACCCAAACGCCAUUUACGGCACGCCUCAGCAGCCUGCGCAGUCGUCCUCAGCCCGGAGUCAGCGGCCAGAGCCACUAGGCUCGUCCUCUGCCGGGUCCUCUAUUCGGGUCCUCCAUCGGAUCCACUGUCGGGUCAGUUGACGGGUCCUCCGGCGCAGGGGCGAGCGAGCGCCGGCGGCCCGGCUCGGCCGCGGUCGGAGAGCGGGCCGGGGCCGGCCGGCCGCGUCUUCCUGCCGGUCACGGCCGCC